GAUCUGAUCCGGGAUCGAUUGGCAUCGAUCAACUCUGACGUGCGAGAUGAGCGAGAGGAAGUUCACGCGCGGCCUGGGGAAACCCGGCAUGGCAGCGCAGUUACGGGAAACCGUGUCGCAAGUCGUCCGCGAGAGUACGGUGCAGAAUAAACCACACUUGAUCGAACCCAUUGACUUUGAAAAUUUUAUCCUGAAGAAUAAGACUCUAUUGCAAAAUGAUCCUCAGCGAGAAUUACUGCUAUAUCCUCAGGAUGAUAUUUCUCAAGUGGUUCUUCCAAGAAGAUAUCGUAGCAUGGUUCCAACGGCACAGCAUAUUACAGAAUGCGAAGAAGGAGCGGAAAAUCUUCUGACAAAGGAAUGUUUACACAGUUAUACAUCCAAUUGGAAUCUUGUACAUUACAAAUAUGUGGCGUACAGUGGAACUUAUCUCGAAUUGCCAAGAAUAUCAAAAGCGGACGAUCUGAAAGAUGAAGUAUAUGAAAUUGAUACAGAAGUAGAUCAAAUAGAUGAGGAAUUGACAAAAAACGAUGGAAUAACGAAGGAAGGCUAUUUAAUGAAAGGUCCUGAGAUUGGUAGUACAGAUAGAAUGUUUGCUCAUAUCGGUUCGAAAUCAUUCAAGAGACGUUUUUGUCAUCUCAGACAGGAGGUUGAUGGCACUUAUAUACUUGAAUUUUUCAAAGAUGAGAGAAAGGGGGAGGCAAAACUGACAAUAGUGAUGGAUUUUUGUACAGAAGUUGUUAGAAAUUCAAAACGCGGGAGAUAUUGUUUCGAGCUACGAAUGAGCGACACUCAUAAAUCUUAUACUCUGGCUGCCGAUAGUGAGACCGAUAUGCAAGACUGGUUGUUGAAGCUCAGUUCUGUGUUACAACAUUAUAAACAGCAAGAAGAAAAACGUGCUGCUUCAUUGGAGAGAACCUGUAACACGCCUCCGCCAUCGCCACAACCUAUGCAGGUUUAUGGCACAUUGAAGGGUCUUGAACAGAGCAUGAAUCCACAACUGAUAAAGUAUUCCAGGGAGACUGAUACUAGCAUUGCUCUAGCAAGGAGAGAGAACAGAAAAAGAUUGUUCAGUGUAUAUCCUUACAUACCCCAUGCCAAGAUAAACACAGGGCAAUCUGCCGAUCACAAUGUGGAUCCUUAUAAGGAGCAGUUUGGCCAUAGAAUUUUUGUCAAAUGUGAGAGCCUCAAGUUUCGAUUGCAAGCGCCUAUUGACGAAAAGGAAUCUCUGUGCCAAGUGGAACCUUAUUAUACAACAUUGAGUUUAUUCGACGCGAGAAAUGGUAGAAAACUCACAGAGAACUUUCAUUUCGAUAUUAAUCACGAAAUGGUGCGGGAUAUGACGAGAGAAUUGAGUCCCGCAGGAAUCACAACGGAGACGGAAGAUAUUACUCUUCCUGGGGAGUUGAAAAACAUUCCUUCAGAUUGGAUCAAGUUUCCAAAACAGGCCAUAUUCAAUAUCAACAAUCCUCAUCCAGACAUAUUUCUCGUUGUCAGAAUAGAUAAAUUGCUCCAAGGGAACAUAUAUCAAAUCUCAGAACCAUAUUUGAGAGCUACUAAGGAUCCAAGAUUGGGCUUAAAAGUACACAAACAAGUCCGAGCAUGUUGUCAAAGGCUGGGAAACUAUAGAAUGCCAUUUGCAUGGGCUGCAAGACCACUGUUUAGAUUGUAUAGUAACGAAUUGGAUACAUCCUCAGAUUUUCCAGCGAUAUAUAGGCAGGAAAACAAUAAAAUAAAAGAUGAAGAAUUAUUGAAACUUCUUUCAGAAUAUAGAAAGCCUGAAAAGCUUAGCAAAUUGACUGUGAUACCUGGUUGGUUAAAAAUCAAAAUAGAAUCUGUUAUGGACAUCCCAGAAAAUACAUUAUCGACCUGCUUAGCACCUUUAAAGCCAUUUCCAAUACCUCCAACGGCAGAGCCGACGAUUGAGAUCGCCGAGUUUGAGAGUACUUCUGAAAGAGAUGUGCAUCCAUACACGACAUACAUCAAUCAUCUCUACGUAUAUCCGCAGACGCUUUGUUUUGAUAGCCAGAAAAUAUUUACUCGAGCUAGAAACAUAGCGUGCAUCAUGGAACUUCGCGAUGAUGAUGGCGAGAAUGUCAAACCUUUACGAGCGAUCUAUGGAAGACCUGGUACACCAUUGUUAUGCUUGCGAGCAUCAUGCACAGUUUUACAUCACAACACGGUGCCUUCUUGGUAUGAAGAAAUCAAGAUAAAGCUGCCUACAAAGUUACACGCGAAGCAUCAUAUACUCUUUUCCUUUUACCACAUAAGCUGUGAUAUGAACAAAAAGAAGGAGAACGGCGUUGAAAAUUGCGUCGGCUAUGCAUGGGCACCUUUGCUGCAUAAAGGAAGACUGAACGUGGACGUAGAAUCAAGUGUCCAGGUACUGCCUGUAGCGACGCACUUGCCACAUGGAUAUCUUUCCAUACAACCCCUUGGACUAGGGAAAGGGGUAAGAAACGCGGGACCGGAUAUCACGUGGAUCGAUUCUCAGCGACCCAUUUUCACAGUAUCUUUUCAAUUAAUUUCAACAGUAUUUACGCGAGAUAUUCAUUUGCACAAUUUAUUCAUUCACGCUGAACGCAUUCUGGACACGAGACCCUCAACGGUACCAUCGGAUUCAGAAACCUGCAAGAUCUUGAAAGCGGCACAUGCAGUUCAACUAGUCACCGUUAUCACAUUUUUACCUACUAUAUUGAAUCAGUUGUUCGCGUUGUUGGCAUGUAAUACUAGUCAGGAGAUCGAAUUGUAUGUGAUCAGGGUCUUGAUACAUUUCAUAAACAUGGUGCACGAAGCCGGGCGCAAGGAAAUUCUACAAGCGUACAUCAAGUUUGUAUUCGUGCUGCCUCCUCUACGAAAUGGCAACGUCACGGUUCACGAGCAAUUGGCGAAGCAUUUGCCAAUUUUACUGCAACCUAGCAACACCGACUUUCUGGUGGUGAACAAGUUUAUGCAUCACUCGAGUUUCUUUUUUGAAAUAAUGAUCAAAAGUAUGGCGCAAUAUCUUCUAACUACUGGUAGGAUAAAAAUGCAUAGAAACGAGCGUUUCUCGAAGGAUUAUCACGAAAAAAUCAAGGCAUUAUUGGAGGUAAUUAUGCCAUAUCUAAUGACCAAGUACAGAGAAAUGCCAGUGGAGACGCACGAAUUGAACAAAAGCCUCGCACAAUUUUUAAAGAAAUGUCUCACAUUCAUGGACCGCGGUUUCGUGUUCCGUCUCAUCAAUUCUUAUCUGGAUAACUUUUCGCCCGGUGAUCAACGCACAUUGCACGAUUUCAAGUUCACAUUUCUACAGAUUAUCUGCUCUCACGAGCAUUACGUAUCAUUCAACUUACCAAUGAUGCAGUCGCGUCUCGUUUCCAGAGAUGACAAUGAUACUGAGAGAGAACCAGAAUGCGAUGAUUUAAUGAAUGAAUAUUGUCUCACGGAGGAAUUCUGCAAACACCACUUCCUAGUUAGUCUUCUGAUGCAAGAAGUCAGGAUUUCUCUUAACGAAAUUGUACAGAUCCGUAAAGUGGCUAUAGGCACUUUACGAGAUCUAAUGGCGAAGCAUGAAUUGGACGAUAGAUAUCAGAAUAAGGGUCAGCUGAGUAGAAUAGCAUCAAUCUAUAUACCGUGGCUCGGGAUUGUAUUGGAGAAUUUGCACCGACUGCAAUCAGUACAGGAGAGUGAGAUUAAGAUAGAAAUGAAACAAAAUAGUGCAAACAGAGUGUCAACUAGUAGUUCAUUUUUAGCAAUGAAGGAUAGUACUAAUAGUGCUACGACCGCAGGCACACCCAAGUCCAUCCACAGAUUGACUCUUCACCUGGAUACUCAGUCACCCGUGAGAACGUCUAUGCAUCUGCGAGAUUCGACUUACUUUGCUGCUAUUGCGGGUCAAGGAUUAGUAAAUGGAUAUUCUUGCACUAGUGUCGAAUCCGACACGUCGACAGUAUCUGGCGCAUCCCAAUCUAACAUUUCCCAAGAGACUACCAUUGUUAGGGAGUAUAUGGAAAACGGAACAGGCGAAAAAAAGAGGCAUUCGCGUACUUUGAGCGUGACACAGUCGUCGCCUAGAUGCGAUAAAUUACAACCUUCAGAAGUGAAGGAUAUACUACUCUGUUUUCUGUUCAUUGUCAAAUAUCUGGGUGAUCAUCAGGUGAUUGCUUGGUGGCAGCAAUGCAGCGAUACAGAAAUAUUGAGCUUCUUCACAAUAAUCGAGAUGAGCUUGCAUCAUUUCAAAUAUAUUGGUAAGAGACAAAUUGCCGCCAAUGCCGCGAGUAACGUCGGAAAACCACGUACCGUCAAAGCGAUGACUUUACCAGCUAGAAUGGCACCACCAGACUUUACCACUGAAAAUCCCGCUACCAGCACGCUGCAACCUCACAAUACAGUUACCAGAGAGAAUCUUGUUGAAAAUGACAGCGGCAAGGUGUAUCAAGCUCUGCUGGAAGCAAAUAUGGCAACGGAAGUCGGCCUUAUCGCGCUGGAUUGCUUGGGGCUUUUCUGUAUUCAUUUUAAAGAUAUCCUUUUAGCGAACGAAGGCGACAACGCAGUCAUGCAAAAGCUUUUCAACAUUUAUUUAUCGUUUCUUCAAGUAGGUCAAUCGGAAACCUUAUUACGUCACGUUUUUGCUGGGUUUCGAGCUUUUUUGAACAAUUAUUCCGUCGCACUUUUUCAAGGCAAUGCUGUGCUUUGUGGGCGCUUAUGUUACGAGCUGCUACGUUGUUGCAACAGCAAGCUGAGUUCCAUACGGCAAGAAUCCUGCGCUUUGUUGUAUUUGCUCAUGCGAAGUAAUUUUGAGUUUACUAGUCGAAAAGGAUUGACUAGAGUGCAUUUGCAGGUAAUAAUUUCAGUCUCUCAAAUGCUGGGAAAUGUAAUUGGUUUGAACAAUUCGCGCUUUCAAGAAUCGUUAUCGUUGAUCAAUAGUUACGCUUCUUCUGACAAAGUUAUGAAAGGCACAGGUUUUCCAGUUGAAGUAAAAGAUCUCAAUAAAAGAAUACGAACGGUUUUAAUGGCAACCGCGCAAAUGCGAGAACAUAAUAACGAUCCUGAGAUGUUGGUGGAUUUGCAACACAGUUUGGCAAAUUCGUAUGCCAGCACGCCUGAAUUGAGACACACUUGGUUGGAGACGAUGGCCAGGAAUCAUGCCAGAGAUGGAAAUUUUUCAGAGGCUGCUUGCUGCCAACUGCAUAUUGCAGCGCUAAUGGCUGAGUAUUUAAAAUUGCGAAAAGUUCAUUCAUGGGGCGCAGAAGCUUUUGAUCAUAUCUCUGCUAACAUAUCAAAAGAUGAGCGUAAUCUUAAGCUCGACGCUGGUGAGAUUUGCGUUCAAGAUAUUCACUACAAUGAAAAUCUUCUUCUUGAGCAAUUAGAAGUUUGUGCUGACACUUUGGAGAAAGCCGAGCGUUUUGAAUUACUCGGACAUUUAUAUCGCUUGAUAGUUCCUAUGUACGAAGAGAGAAGAAACUACGAGGCUCUAGCAAAUUCCUAUUCGCACUUGGCGCGAGCCUAUAAUAAAAUCGUGGAAGUUACUCGAUCUGGCAAAAGAUUACUUGGAAGAUUUUACAGAGUGGCAUUCUUCGGCAUGGCAUAUUUUGAGGAGGAGAAUGGUCAAGAAUAUAUUUAUAAGGAACCCAAAGUGACAUCAUUAUCUGAGAUAUCGGAACGAUUGUUGCGCUUGUAUAGCGAAAAGUUCGGAUCUGAGAAUGUUAAGAUGAUAAUGGAUUCUGUGCCAGUCGACAUAAGCGAGUUAGAUCCUAAGAUAGCGUACAUUCAGGUGACGCACGUAACACCGUACUUCGAGAAGCCCGAGUUCGAAGUACGACAGACUGAGUUCGAACAGAAUCACAAUGUAUCAUGCUUCAUGUUCGAGACGCCGUUUACUAAGGAGGGCAAAGCGAGAGGCAAUCCAGAGGAUCAAUGGAAACGCAGAACUAUUGUCACAACACAAUAUGCUUUCCCAUAUAUAAAAAAACGUAUUGGAAUUGCCGAGAAACGGAUAGUGGAACUGAGUCCUAUCGAAGUUGCUUUGGAUGAAAUGAGACAACGUGUUCAGGAAUUGGAAGACGUAGCUUUGAUCGCACCGACAGAUGUAAAGAAACUGCAGUUACGUCUUCAGGGUAGUAUUUGUGUAACAGUGAACGCCGGUCCUCUGGCCUAUGCCUCCGCGUUUCUAGAUCCCGCCUUGUCUCCGCAAUAUUCUGAUGACAAAGUGGAGGAGUUAAAGGAUGUUUUUAGGGAGUUUGUCAAGAUAUGUUAUACAGCGUUACAAAUUAAUAGCAAACUUAUCACGUCAGAUCAAUACGAGUAUCAAGAGGUAUUACGCGAGAAUUAUCAGAAAUUGUGCCAGAGCUUGUCGUCCUUAUUUGGAGAACCCAUAUGGCCCGAUGAGCAAGUAGGAAGCUUUAAACGCAAUAGCGCUGCUUUAUUCAGUGCCAUAAGCGGCGCCAACAAUCAUACCAGUACAGCCUAAGUCAAUAAUCUUAUUGUUUAUCUAAUAGGCCUAGGAUUUAUGUAUCCAUUUAUAGCAUAAUGAAAUGUCUAAGCAUCUUUCAAGCACAAAACUCGUGACAAUUAUUUGUAAAUUGAUACAUUGUAUUUAUUUUCUUUGUUACACUAUUUACACAAAUCUAUGAUUAAGUAUUCAUAUUUUGCAACAUUUGGCCUAAUAUGAAAGAACUUUCUAAUCACUGCCAAAUAUUUUAAACAAAAUGUUUACGAACAUUGUAGAAAGGUCUUGAUUAGAGAAUUCGAGGAUUGAUUGUAGUCGUUUAUAGUCGUUGAAUCAAGAAUUCGACAAAGCCAGUGAAGAAACCUACUUCUACUUAUUAAAGUUUCAUCACGUUGAUGUUGUAGUCUGAUAAGUUACGUUUUAACUAAAAAAUAUAAGUUGGAUGUCAAAGACUCACCCUUCAGGGCAUUUAUAUAUUAUAAUCUGUAACGAGUAAAAAUGUACUCUAGUACAUCUCAGUUUUUUCACUGUGAAGAAUGUUAGUCCCUAAUGCAUAUUUAUGAUGUCUGCAUAAUCAAUUUUGUAAGGAUUUUUUAUCCUUAUCUCUUUAUCACCAUUAAGAAAACUAUAGCCUAAGAGCAGAAAUAAUUUAAUGAAAAAAAAUUAUAUUAUUUGAAGAGUUAAUUUUUUAUCGUGUCUUGAUUAAAUUAUUUUUAAUUGUUUACGAUUGGAAGAUUAUUUUACCAUCGAUGUAUCAAAUUUACAGUAUAUGCAUAAUCAUGAAAAAUAUGAAUAAAUUUUUUCAUCCAGUGUAUGUAUUACAAUAUGUAUAGUAUGUUGAUAAUUUUUAGUGUAUUAAGAUACAUUACUGUAAAAAUCGAUUUGUGUAUAUACCUAUUUUUUUAAAUUCUUUUGCAUGCAUAUAAGUAUUGUUACGUAAUCGGCUGUUUUAGAAGUAACGCAAAGGGAAAGUAUAGAUCCUUUAAUAUAGAUUGUCAGAAAUAUUUUUUACUACAUAUUAUAUAAAUUUACGUAAUGCAUUUGCAUUAUUGGUAGUUCAAGGACGAAUCUUUCUUUUUUUCGUAUGGAUCGAAUAACUUUUAAGACAAUUAUCGCGCUUUAUAAGAACUUAAAUAAAAGUUUGUUUAUGAAGAGAGAUGAAAACUGUAGCAUCCAAUUGGCUACGUUUUUUGUAUAUGAAAACAAAUCCGACCACUUUGAUACCUUGCAAAUGCGCACAUAGAUAAUGUUACAUAUUAAUAAUUAUUUGUGAAAAAGCGUGACAAAAUUUUAUAAACUGAGAAUGCAAGAGAAAGAGAGAAAGUACGUAUGUGUAAAUUCAUUUAUUAUCCGCAAAGUCAUACCGGUGCGGAUAUCGUAGAUUUGAAAUAAGCUUUAACAAGAAAUGUUGAAAUAUAUGUAAUAACAGAGAAAAA